ACUUUCUCUGUCAAAGAAUGGUUCCAUGCCGUCAUUGAGAACAGCGUUGUGAGACGGGAAAUUUACGUAUAGAGAUACACAUACAAAAAAGGAAAUAAUGCAGAACAUACCAAAGCGAGAAUUGUGCUUAGACAGCAAGGAUUUUCGGCGUCCUCGUUUGAAACCAAUCACAAACAGCAUUUCUGCAAUUAAAAGUAACUUUGUGAAGAAAGGUGCAUUAAAUGUAGCUCCAUCAAGGAUACCCGAGCACCUGUUGGAUAUCAGAGAUGCCUUCAUUUCACUGCUGAAGACGGACGGAAUUCUGUACCAUGAAAGCAUUGUAAAUGGUGAAUAUACGAGUGACAAAGACACAACAAGCCUUUUGUAUUUAUCAGAAUCAUUGGCAACAUUACUAGAUUUCCCUGUGUCAAGAACGCAAGGAAAUACGAGAUGUGACAUCUUCAUAGCAAUGCCCCAUCAACCCCUCAUGGUGCUGACUCUGAUUGACCAUGGCAGUGAAACUGAGGAGAUAAGAAAUUAUAACACCAGUGUGGCCAGAGAAGUGACUUCAAAACUACGCAGGUUUACCAAUGAGAGCAUCAACGUCAUUCAUGGAGUUUUGAGUUUGAGUGACCUGACAGACACUGAUACGUGCUUCAUAAAGUUACAGAGAAUUGCAGCAUUAGGUGCAUCCUUUGUUCCGAAGACUUCUCUAUUGAUGACUCCAUCAAAAUAUGAACACGUGAUGAUGGCCUUCUGGGCAGCUGUUGCUGAGACAAAGUCAGUCCUGACAGAGACAGGUGAAGUAGAUGACAGUUGUAUCAACUUUCUCACCACAGAUCAGUGUGUAUAUCUUGUGGAGAACAUUGACAGUAAAUAUGUUCAGGCAAGAUGGGAGCCCGGCAGUGGAACGACAACUCUGAUGCUGGAGGUGGCCAGGAGGCUGAGCAGACUGGGGGAAACUCUCCUGAUAUGCAACUCACUGGAAGAGAGGGACAGACUCAGGUCAGUUCACUCGUCAACAAUCUCGACAUUUGAUGUGGAAGAUUGGAACAUGUCCAAGUUAGAGAAUGUGGUGCAUGAAACUGGGAGUUAUCUGUUCGAACCUUGUGGUCGGCAAUGGCUGUUCCUGAAAGGUUCUCCAAACAGGUCACGUGAUACACUUAUACAAACCAUUAAUACAUCAAACGGGAAGGAGGAUGGUUUCAAUUAUUUCAACAGCAAAGACUUUCUGCGCCCGCAGUUACAGCAGACAAGAGAACAUAUCACUGACAUUAAGCGUCACUACAUGAGCAAAGGCGUCGUCAACAUCGCUCUAACCAACCUGCCGGGCCACAUAGUGGACGUCAAAGACAUGCUGCUUUCACUACUGGAAACUGACGAAUCCCUGUAUCGUUGCAACAUUGUCACUGGGGGAGAACUGGACACCUGUGGUGACACAACGUGUUUUGUGCAUUUGACGGAAUCCUUAUCAAUAACACUGGACUUUCCAGUGUCGGAAAGACCAACUCCAAUAAGAUGUGACAUGUUUCUAGCCAUUCCCCACCAGCCCCUGGUUGUACUGACAGUGAUAACUUGUGACAAGGAAACUGAUAUGGUACGAAGUUACAACACCUCAGUGGCCAGAGGAGUGACUGCAAAAUUACGUCGGUUUACCAAUGAAAGCAUUAAUGUUAUACAUGGAGUUGUUUGCACGAAUGAUAUGAAAGAUCCUGGAGUGUUCUUUGCAAAGUUACAAAAUAUUGCCUUGAGAUCUUCAGCAUUCGUUUCCAAAUCUUCCUUGUUGAUGAACUCAUUCAAGUAUGACCAAAUACUUAUGGCAUUCUGGGCAGCAUUAGCUGAGACAAAGGUAGAUCCAAACGAGAGUCAGUUAGGAUUUCUUACAAAAGAAAACUGCAUCCUUUUGUUGGAAAAUAUAAACAGUAACAACGUUAUGGUGAGGCUUCAUUCUAAACGCGAAGCCACCGUCCUGAUGCUUGAGGUGGCAAGGAGACUGAGCAGACUGGGCGACACUCUGCUGGUCUGUCGGUCAAGGGAAGAGAGGGACAGAUUGAGAUCAGUGCACGCAUCAACAAUAUCACUGAAUGAUGUCUGGAAGUGGGAUCUAUCAGCGUAUGAGAACAUUGUUCUUGAUGCUCGCAUUUUGCCCUGCAGGCCUCGAGGUCGAGUGUGGCGAUUUCAAACGGAUCCAACCAGUGUUGAAGAAUUCAAGAUUCGGUUACAGACAGCAGAGAAGGAAGUACACGAGAUGAAGAGACAACUCUCUGGUCUGCACGAUGAUAAGUGGAAAGGGCAGAUGGAGUACUGGUUGUGGGAAGUGGAUGUUCUCAAGUUACUCCGUUUGAUACAGGAAUUUGAUGUCUCCAACAUUCUCAGAUCGAGCAUGAUUGCUGAGCCAUUGAAGAAGGGAUUAUCAUUAGAGGAUGACAAUGGUGACCGGUCGACCGAUGUUCGUCGAACACAGAUAAUGCAGCUCAAGGACGGAAUUGAAAACCAGAAGGACCUUUUCCAACUUUUAAGAUCGGCGGUCAUUGAGGAUAAAACCCAGCUUUUCUAUCUCCAAGACCUAGCAAUAUCAUUUGCAAAGGCAUCCGAACCUGCAAAGCAGUUCAUUGAAGAAAAGCCAAAGAGAUUCUUUGGCAAGGCUGUGGCAACGGUUAGAAAAAAAGUGAGUGGAUUCCGCAAGAAGGUGAAGCAUCAAGAACAAAAGACAAAACAGUCCAAGAUAGACAACAUUGCACAUGCAUCUCUGUUGGACUCGGCAAAAGAUAAAACAAUGAAGGACUCGCCAUCCGAAACAUCACUGACGGAAUGGACAUCUGAGACAUCACUGAAGGAUCCGGCUUCUGUUCAUUCGCUGAAGGAUUUGGAGGAAAGUCAGGAGAGUUUUGAUGAUAUAGAAAAGCUUGCAGAAGACUUGGAUAUCGUGGAACAGGAGAAGGACAAAGUAAUGCUGCAGCUGAGUCCUCUAUAUACAGCUGAGUGGCAGAACACAUUAAACUACGUGGACCGGAACAUGCCACGAUUUGAUACUACUGACUAUCAAUGCCAGGACCAUCUAAUGUUCGGAGAUUCUUCUCAGACACCACGUGACUCCCCAGAUACUGACAACCAACGGAGACAAGCACAGAAAAGCCACGUCCUUCAAAUAAGACAGUUUCAACAGGGAAGACUCAGCAGAACACCUUUGUACGCAAUGCUUGAAAGUAUGAUUGCAGAUCACAAGGCAUCAUAUCAAGACAGUAUUCUCUCUAUGAAGCAAGGUGGUUCUGCCCUCCACAAUGUGGGAGAUAUCAGUUCAUGGCUUCCUGUUUUGUGUCCUAAACUACAUCUGGACGCCGCUCGAGCCAACACAGAUUGGUGCCACGUUACUACAGACGGUGAGCUGGUCAACUCGCGGCCCGACACACGGCCUGAUGAUAACAGGCGCAGGCUACGGAAGUAUAGGGGGACCUGUGCCUCCACCCCCAUCCCCCUUCCUCCACCCCAUCCCACUCUCAUCCCGGUAUACAGUACUCCCAGAUACUGGGAGACACUAACCAGGGUGAGGGUGAUGGAUGGAGAGUUGUUGACGUGGUGGCCUGUCCUGGAGAUGGGGCUGAGGGAGGCAGGACAGGUGGACAGUAACUGGUGGACUUCUCUACAGCCUCGCUCCUGGGAUGUCCGUGUAGGGAGAUGUGGCAGACACGGGAUGAGUCUCUGCACCACGGUGUGGCGGGACAGGGAGCCGGGCGAGUGUCAGCAGAACACCAUAUCCCGCACUCCCGGCACACAGGCCACCCUCCACUAUGGUGUUGUGCUGGAUGUGGGGAGGGGCAAACUUGCCUUCAUUGAUCUGAACAGGGGCGUUGUUUUAGCCAAGUAUAAUGAGACGUUUAGGGAAGACAUGUACCCCAUGUUUAGUGUGGGGUGGUGGCCAGAGUACUACACUAUCAACAUGAAACUGAUCAGCGGGGAAGACAUCGUCAUCACCGACACCAAGAAGUCACUGAUUCACGAUGCGCUGACUUAGGACAUGACGCUGUGUGAAGUUAGCAGUGUAAUUCAAGGUUGUAGAAUCUGCUGUGUCAAUGACGAGAACUGAACUGAGUGAAGCGGACAUAUACGAGUCCGGUUUGUUUCCUAUUUCAUGUUACAAAAACUAACAAAGUUAGCUAAACGUGAUGGUUUGCGACACGAGAGACUGUGUAUAAAAAGUAUUUAGAAUUAUCACAUGAGUAUCUGUAUGUUGACAGUAUUGCUGUAGUGACUUCCAAUAUGAGACACUGUGUGAUGUUUU